AUGACGAUUACUUUGGAUGAUGUUGCCAAUCUUCUCGGAUUGCCUAUUAGGGGUGAGUUCUACAGUCCACCCGAUGUAGAUAGAGUAACGACAUGUAAUCUUGUCGUCCAUCUAUUAGGAGUGACCACAGAAGAGAUCUGGGAGGAGACCAAAAAGACUAGAGGUGCGCACUAUAGACUGGAUUGGUUGAAGGAGGUCUUCAGAAGGCAGUGUGCAGUAGAGAGGUUUGAUUGUGCUGCUAGGGCAUAUCUGUUGAAUUUAGUCGGGAGUACUAUUUUUGCUAAUAAGAGUCAUACUCUAGUUGAUGCGAAGUACCUUCCUUUAUUCAGAUAUUUAGACGAUGCCUGCUAUUAUGACACCAAACAACUAGAUGGAUAUAUGACGCUGCUUCAGUGCUGGAUUUACGAAUAUUUUCCGAAUAUUUGUAAUAUAUGUGAUCAGGGUGUUGACGUGGAAUGUUUUGUCCGAAUGAAUAGAUGGUGCUACAAACAAGGCAAGCAUAAAGUCGAUGAAUAUAGAAGUAUUGUUGAUGUAUUGCCACCUGCAGAUGUUAUAUGGAGACCUUGGGAGAAUCAUAGGGGUGUCAUUCCUUUUGAUGAUAUCACGCUUUAUACUGGCCACAUCCUAUUAUGCAGCACUGUAGUGAAAUAUCUACCAGAGAGGUGUUUGAGACAAUUUGGAUAUAUCCAAUAUAUUCCUUCCCCGCCACUUCCAGAUCCUGCUAGAUUAUUUGAUGUAGAUGUGGAAUGGUUGGGAUAUGUGACGCCAGUGACAAAGCUAUUUCACAAGCUUCGUCCAGCUACAUAUCCAUCUGAGUGUGAAGAUGGAUAUUUGGAGUGGUUCUAUCAGGUGUCUCAUCCACUGCUGGUGCGACCAGAUGGUGUACCUCAGAUCCCAAGUUAUAGUGUACUGUCCACCAAUGCAAAUGCUUCUAGUUCACAGCUGCCACUUAUCCUACAGCAGAUCGGUGAUCUUAUACAACAGGGGUUGAGUCAACAUCAAGCUAGUCCAGAUGAUGAGUUGUAUAUUUACUUUUAUAAAACAUUGUAUUUAUCACGUAGUCACACUAGUUAG